GCACCCCUCGCGCUAUCCUUCCGGAAACAGCCACCCUGAUGCAGGUAGCGGACUGUUAGCAGCAGCGGCUCCACACGGUUCAUGGUCGGCGUUAGCAGGACUCCCCUCUGACUCGCAGCUAAAUCAGCUCGAGUCGGGCUCCGCUGAAGUUGCUUUGGCUCGCUGUCCCUCUCUGUUUACCUGUUCGGCAGCUAACAUCAUGGCGACCACGGAUCCCCGCUUCUCGAGUAACGGCGGGACCGCCAACAGAGGAGGGUUUCCCGCAGGAGAGAGCAGCAGCGACCGCGACGGACCUGGCGGCAGCAGCAGCGGCGGCGGGGAAGGCGAGCGGGAACGGGCCACCUUCGAGUGCAACAUUUGCUUGGAUACCGCCAGAGACGCUGUCAUCAGUAUGUGCGGCCACUUAUUCUGCUGGCCCUGCCUUCAUCAAUGGUUGGAGACGCGGCCCACCAGGCAGCAGUGUCCCGUCUGCAAGGCGGGCAUCAGUAGAGAAAAAGUCAUCCCGCUCUACGGCAGAGGGAGCUCCAGCCAGGAGGACCCCAGGUUGAAAACUCCCCCUCGGCCUCAGGGACAGAGAACAGAGCCUGAGAGCAGAGGAGGGAUGUUCCCUGGUUUUGGAGAAACAGGCUUUCACAUGUCUUUUGGGAUCGGUGCGUUCCCUUUCGGCUUUUUCACCACAGUCUUUAAUGCCAACGACCCCUUCCACAGAGCAGACCAGUAUGCAGGGGAUCACCAAGGCAACGGUAACCUCAACAAUGGCAACAACAACUGGCAGGACUCCCUCUUCCUGUUUGUGGCCAUCAUCUUCUUCUUCUGGCUGCUGAGUGUGUGAGGACGAAGGCUGGGAAGGAGGAGCCCAAAUACACAAAUAAAAAACAGACUGGAGCCACUGACACUCACACACCCACACACACUUUUUCAUUAUGUAACCUGAGCAAGUGUGGAGAGUCUGAUGCUUAGAGAAAACAAGAAAUACAGGUUUUCUCCUCCUUACAAAAUUAGAUCACUCCACCCCAAACACACACCUGCUGUAUUAAUGUAGUUUAUGCAACACUCUAUCCCAACGUAAUUCACAGUCUAGGGCCACACAGAGGGGGGGUAUGUUGACUGUUCAGUGACAGUAUUAAAUGUUCAGGGUGAGCCGUUUGAAGCCUUUCUCUUUAAGCUGUAGAUGGAAACACGACCAAUUUAGUGCUUAUGGGAAAAAAAUGUAUUCCUCAAAUAUGGAGGCUAUUAGUGGAGCAGGAACAGGUGGGAUGGGUGGUGUAGACUCCUCCUGUUUACAGUUUCUAUUUGUAUCCAGAGCAAUUAUAAAACACUUGUCACAGCUGACUUGUUUUGUUCUUCCUGUUAGUGUGUAAACAUAAUAUAUUUGUAUAUAUGAAUAUUGUAAAUGCUGUUUUUAUGUGUUUCUGACUGGCUGAUCUGCCACAGGGAGGUAGCAGAGGAUUGCUGACAUGUGGACGCCUUCUGUAAAGCUAAAAGUGAUCUGGAUCCUGUUUCUUCCAUUAAAAGCAAAACAUCUUCCCUGUUGAUGUGAAUAAUGAGGCGGAAGGGGUUGAGGUUUCCUCCUUUUUACUGGACAAAUAACUGACACAAAACGUGUGAAGAAACUUUAGAGUCUCCAUAUGAUGAACUAGAGCUGCACCGGUCAGGAGACAAAUCUGAUUUUUUUUUUUCCCUUGAAGGUCUGACCAGGUUUAUUGUUUCAAAAAUGUUCAGAUUUCCCUUAAAGAGGCAGUUCCAAAUGUAACAAGAUUUCUACAUGCAUACUUAAAAUCCAGCUUUGAGUUUAAUUAAAUUUGAUUUAAAUUACAUAAACUGAAAAUAGCUGAAGGUUUUUAGUUAUAAUGGAUUCAUUAUGUAUGUAAAAUGUUAUGUUUUUGACCCGUUUAUAGGUCAGAGCUGAUUAAGGGAAAAGAAAAUCAGUGGUUUGACCGGCACAUCUCUAAUUGGAGCAUAACCUCAAAUUUACCAACCUGUUAAAUAUGGAGCUUGUAUUUAAUCCAGUAGCUUUUCAAUAAAUCGAGUUGCGGGUCAGAAAUGAAACUGAAGUUCCUCUGUGGUGUGGACAGGUUGUCCACCGGGGUUCGUCAUCUUAUGUAUUUGUCUUUGUAUUGAGGGGCUAAUGUGACACUAAAACGAGUGAUUGAGGUCUCAUGAUGCGAAUUCUUUAAACGGACUAAACAUGGAGGCUGUUGUGCAAAACCAAAUGUUCUUGGAGAUUAAACUUGUUUGAAACAUUG